AUAAAGCAAGAAAAGUUCCAAAACACAAAAGAGACUACUGGACAGUAGUAUUUCAUCUCUUUAGAUACCAGUGCAUAUCUCAGAUAGAAGGAGAGAUAGAGAGAGAGAAACAGAGAUGGGGGUGCCCUCGUUUUUCAAAUGGCUGGUGAACAAGUAUCCCAAAGUGGUGGUCAAAGCUAUCGAAGGUCAGAGAGAGGAGUCUCCAAACCCAAACCCUACUACCUUGGAGUUCGAUAACUUUUAUCUUGACAUGAAUGGGAUCAUCCAUCCUUGCUUCCACCCAGAAGCAGAUGACGAUGAUGAUGGCGGACUUCUGCCACCAGCAAAUUUUGAAGAGGUGUUCAUCAAUAUUUUUGAAUAUAUUGAUAUACUUUUCAAUAUUGUUAGGCCACGGAAGCUACUAUACUUGGCCAUAGAUGGAGUUGCUCCAAGGGCUAAAAUGAAUCAACAGCGAAUGAGGCGCUUUAAGUCAGCGAAGGAUGCUGAGGUCGCUGAAGUUGAAGAGGAGAAGCUGAGAAGACAGUUUGAAUUGGAAAGCAAACAAGUCCUACCAAAGCAGCGGUCCGAAGUAUCAGAUUCUAAUAUAAUAACCCCCGGAACUGAAUUUAUGCAUAAAUUGUCAAAGGCUCUUCGAAACUAUAUCAGUUUACGUUUGAACAAUGAUCUAGGCUGGAGGGACAUCGAGGUAAUUUUGUCUGAUGCCAAUGCUCCUGGGGAAGGUGAGCACAAAAUAAUGUCAUUCAUACGCUCACAGCGCAAUCUUCCUUCAUAUGAUCCAAACACGCGCCAUUGCUUAUAUGGACUGGAUGCUGAUCUUGUCAUGUUGGCUUUGGCGACGCAUGAGCUUCACUUUUCCAUACUGAGAGAGGAUGUUCUACAUAAUGAACAGCGUCGUACAAACUGUGAAUCUAUUCGAGAGAAGGGUCCAUCUUCAGGAAAGUCAGAUAACAAAAAAAGAUCCAUGCUAAAAAAGCCCUUUCAGUUUCUUCAUGUUUGGAUUUUGAGGGAAUACUUGGAGCUUGAUUUGAAAAUUGACGACCCACCCGAGAACUUUAAGUUUGAUCUUGAGCGUAUAAUUGAUGACUUUAUCUUCAUGUGCUUUUUUGCGGGAAAUGAUUUUCUGCCCCACAUGCCAACUUUGGAAAUUCAUGAGGGUGCAAUUGACUUGCUGAUGACUGUCUAUAAGAAAGAAUUAAAAAAUCUCGGUGGUUACAUGGUUGAUAUGCUCCGGGUCAAUGACAAGAAAUCAGGGUACAUCAAGCUAUCCAGAGUUGAGAAAUUCAUCCUUCUUGUUGGUUCUUAUGAAGACAAAAUUUUCAAGAAAAGAUCAGAAAUACGGGACCGUAAACUGAGACGUCUGUGUUAUUAUAAUGAUUCUCUAGAGGAAGAAGUUGAUACCGGAAGUUCAAUUACCGGUUUGAGCAAUACUCACGCAUUCUUCAGUGGAGAAGAAUUGGAAAUUUGGUCAGAUGGAACGUCUGACAUUAUGCAUUCUCAAGUUGUAGAAAAUACAAAGGAGUUGAAGAAAAAAUUGAAAGAUAACAUCAGAAGGAAAUCUGAUCUGUUCAAUAAUGGUGAUUUGGGGAGUGACAAGGUCCGAUUCGCUGUGGGAGGCUAUAAGGAAAGAUAUUACAAAUACAAAUUUUCUGCAGAAGGUCCAGAGGAUAUUGAAAGAAAAAGGAAGGAAAUAGUUAAAUGCUACACUGAAGGGCUGCUCUGGGUUUUAUUGUACUAUUUUUCGGAGCCCCCAUCAUGGACAUGGUUUUAUCCUUUCUAUUACGGGCCAUUUGCUUCAGACCUCAAGGGCCUUGGUCAGGUGAAAGUGAAGUUUAAAAAAGGUUUCCCUUUUAAGCCUAUUGAUACUCUCAUGGCUGUGUUACCUCCAAGAAGCGCUCAUGCACUUCCUAAAGAGUAUCAGAAACUAAUGACUGAAGAGAGUUCCAGCAUUAUUGACUUUUAUCCUACUGAUUUUGAAAUCGACAUGGAUGGGAAACGCUUCACAUGGCAGGGUAUUUGCAAGCUUCCAUUUAUUGAAGAGGAACGCCUUCUGUCUGUGACUAAAAACUUAGACAAAGAACUGCUGGGGGAUGAAAGAGAUCGAAAUACAGAAAAACCUGACCAAUUAUUUGUGCGAAGAACACACAAUUUGGUGUCACAAAUUAUGUCACUAUCUAGCAAGGAAAGUUCUAUCAAGAUUGACACUAGUUCGAGUUUUGGAGUUGGUGGCACCAUACGUUGUCUUGAUGCUGCCAUGAGUGAAGGAGGAGAUUACAAGCUUCAAGAAGAGCAUGUCGUUUGCAUGCUAUACGAGCUUCCCGAUAGUGAUCCACAUCUGCCUCGUUUACUUGAUGGUGUAAAGCAUCCCAGUAAGACAAUCACCAAGGAUGACCUUACGGAGACAAAAUUAUGGCAUGAAUAUCAGGGAAGCGCACCUGCCACCACCACCACUUCCAGCACCCGGCUCCAGGAGAGGUUUCGGAGACAAGAUAACAACGGAAAUGGAGGCUUCCAGAACAAUGCUAGAUGCACUUCUAGCUCUACGGAUUUAAUGCACAAAUUUGCAGGUUCUGGAUGGGGUUGUGGUAGAGGGAAAGUUGCUAAUCCUAAUUCUGGAGAACGGUUUUAUGCUCCUCGAGGAAUACCUGGCGAAAGAGUAAUGUCAUCUAGCUCAUAUUCAGCCAUGGGUUCCACAGACUACAAAAGAGUCUCUUUUCAUGGGAGAUCAGUCUCUAAUGAUAAGUGGAGGGCAGUUGGUUAUGUUUCCGGAGAUCGAGCACAAGGCUUUAUGGAUUUGAAGAUAUCGGAGCCAAGCCAAGCUUGGAGGCCAAGUGCAAGAGGACAGCCAGCGAACAACGCUUUUUGGCCAUCUAGAAAUAGUUUCGGACAUAACACAAACCAUUCUUGGCAGAGUUCACAAUUAAAUCAUAGUCAUGGCCGCGGCAGAGGCCAACAGCAGGGUGGUCGCGGCCAAGGCCAACAGGAAUGUUGGAAGCGUUACACACCUUUUUCUGCUAACGAUUCAUCACAAGCCGGUGGGAGAUCAGAGUUUGUUCCACGUAGUUCUGUCAAUCAAUGAAGCGCCUGGUCAUAGCUCGUUAAACCAUAGUCUCUUUUUGCAUUUCCGCCAAAACAGAGAAAAAGCACUUUUGUGUACAGUUUUCAUCACUCUGAACUCUGGCUGCAUUUCACAAUUUAAGGGUGUAGAACAUUUGGCAGUUGAAUCUAGCUUUUCCUUGACA